AUGGCCGAAAAAAGUGGCGAAGAUCAAAUCUUCGAGCUGCUAAAGAAAGCUGACCCAGCCGAACUAGAGAAACGGCAAGCCGCCAUUUCACGACGUCUGGAGAGCACCUUCAAGCUAUCGCAACAACGUCUUGCAGAACUGAUUGACCAGAACUCGACACUGCCUUCCACAGUCUCCUCCGUCACGAUCCUGGGUAGUCCCAACACAAGGCAUGGCUUUCUGCAAAGGGUUGUGGAACCCUUACUAUCCAGCAAUCGCGACAGACCAUAUACCCAGAGUGAGCUGAUACGUGAAGUCGCCAAAACGGCGGAGAAGCUUAGGAAGUUUGGCAUCUACCACGAACCCGUUUCUGUUUACCUGGACAAACCCUCCCAGACCGAUCCCACAACGACCCCGACUGAUGUCGCUGUCUAUUACUCGGUGAAAGAGAAAAGUCGGAUAUUUGCAAAGACGGGAACGGACUUGGGCAACGCCGAAGGAUCAGCUUACGCGAACGUCCAAUGGCGGAACUUGUUGGGCGGGGCUGAAACAUUGGACGUAAAUGCCUCGAUAGGCACCCGAACGCGGUCAUCAUAUCAGGCGACCUUCGAUACUCCAGUGCUUAGCAACCCCGAUCUUCGGUUCCAGGUUGGAGGCUUACAGAGUGCGACACUGAAAGCCUUUGCCAGCCACGAGGAAGUGCUUAGGGGAGGAUGGUCGAAGUUUCGUUGGCUGAGCUCGGCUGGGUCUUUCCACGAGCUAGGUUAUAAUGGGGUCUGGCGACAGGUAACUGGUCUGGCACAGAAUGCUUCGCAGACGGUGAAGAGUGAGGCGGGCGACUCUUUCAAGAGCAGUAUAUCACACGCAUGGACGAAAGAACGACGAGAUAGCCCGAUGCUACCAACCCGGGGAUAUUACGCGAAGACAGCUACAGAAUUGGCCGGCUGGGGCCCAUUGCAAGGAGAUGUGGCUUUCUUCAAGACCGAAUUCGAGUCACAGUCAGCAACGUCGAUUCCCAUUCCGGGGAUCAAGGGCGACAGCGGUGUGACUUUCACGACAGGGUUGCGUGCUGGACUUUUGUACCCGUUGACACUUGGAUCGAAGCAGAACCCAGAGAUGUCAAGGAUCAGUGAUCGAUUCCAGCUCGGGGGACCAACAGACGUGAGAGGGUUCAGGUUAUCAGGGUUAGGGCCGCACGAUGGUCCAGAUGCGGUCGGCGGCGAUCUUUAUGCAGCAGGAAGCGCGAACCUCCUCGUGCCACUUCCAAAGGUUGGAAAGGACAGACCAUUCCGACUACAGGCCUUCGUCAAUGGUGGAAGGCUACUGGCCAUCAGAAACACGGAGAGGGAGGGGGUGAUGACAAGCCAAGAAGUCAAGCAGAGUGUAUCCAAUGCCAUGUCCGAAGUUGGCAAUGGGCUUCCAACCAUGUCUGCAGGCAUAGGGCUGGUCUAUGCACAUUCAGUGGCACGAUUCGAACUCAACUUCUCGCUCCCACUGGUGGUCCGAAAACACGAAGAGGCCAGGAAAGGGGUGUCCUUCGGUAUCGGCAUCAACUUCCUGUAG